UAUUUAAUGUCAAGAAAUUACUAUGAAGACCUUUAAAUUGAAAGGGAUGCAACAAAAAGUUAGGUAGCAGCAGCUUAUCGUAAACUAGCAUUAAGAUGGCAUCCGAAACUAAGUUCAGAUGAUUGGCAAACUAGCUAUAACAUUUUUAGUUAGAUUUCGGAAGCUUAUGAAGUACUGAGUGAUUCCAUUAAAAGAGCAUUUUAUGACAAGCAUGGUGAAUAAAAAUUAAAAAAUGGGUUCUUUAGUACAGCAGGAUUAUAAGGUGGAUACAGAUUCGGAGGAAAUCCAGAGGAAAUAUUUGAGAAGUUUUUCGGAACAAAUAACCCAUACUAAUAAAUAUAUGAUACUGAUAAUCAAGAAAAUGUAGGUAGUUUAUUAUCUUAUGCUUUUGGAGCCCAAAAUUAGCCUUAACCUCAGCCUCCAAAUGUUUUAAAUGUAAUUGUUUAAUGCACUCUGAGUGAACUAUACAAUGGAUGUUCAAAGGAUGUUAUUUAUUAAAGAAUAAUUUUAAAUCAAGAUGGAAGAACUACUAAAGAAAUUAAAGAAACAAAGUAAUUUUAGGGUUUUAGAAUUAAAAAAUAAUUUUAAAAAAAUAGGUAAUUAGAAAUAAAGCCAGGAUAUAAAAAUGGACAAACAAUAAGAUAUCCUCGUUAAGGAAACGAAACACCAGGAUUAUAUAAUUCUGAUUUGGUUUUUAUAAUAAAAGAAAUUCCACACCCAACAUUAAAAAGAAAAGAGAAUGAUUUAAUUUUUAGAUGGAAAUGUAAACUAAUAGAUUCAUUACUCGGAAAUCCUGUAUAAUUUAUAACUUUAGAUGGAAGAAAAUUACAUAUUCCAAUAGACUAAAUUGUUGGACCAAAAACAUAUAAACUUAUAAAAGGAGAAGGAAUGACUAUAUAUAACUCAGAUGAAUUUAAAGUCGAAAAUUUUAAUAAACCAUUGUAAAGAGGAGAUUUAUAUAUUAAAUUUGAAAUUGAAUUUCCUACUAAAAUUGAUGAAAAUAGAAGAGAUGAAUUAAUAGAAAUUUUAGGAUAGAAAUGA